GCAGCCCUUGGUGCGGGUGGCUGUGCAUGUGGUGAAACCUCGGCACACCAUCAGAGGCCCCAGACCCUGCUCCUCGGGCCCUUCUGUGAUGGCCGCCCUGCCCCAUCCAGAUGUGUUCGUGUUCCUGUAUGAGUGUUCCUUUGUGUAUGUGUUCCUGUGUGUGUCUCUCUGUGUGUGUGUGUGUGUGUUCCUGUAUGUGUGUGUGUGUGUGUAUGUGUUCGUAGUUGGAUACUUGAAACAAUGGGCAAAUACUCACUCUCGGUAGAUUUGAUUCCUUGUUCUGAUUGGCUUUCACUAGUUUGCUUGGCAUGCUCUCAGUCCUUGUAUCAGCCCAACAGGAAAGUUUAGGGCAAUUCAGUUCAUUUCUGAGUCAGCUUCUGGGUGGCUUUUUGAAUCCGGUGUACUUAUGACUGUUUUUGAAUGCCUUACUAUCUCCCCAAAUCCACACCCCAGUUCUACUCAGGAUUUUAUUAAUACACGAUAUAGUCUAUGUCUCCACCCUUAUUCCUUUGUCGCUGGCCCCGUAUAUAGCACCCCGGCAGCUGUAGUACCCAUCCCAGCUGCUCUUCUGUUUAAGCUCAGUAAAACAGACACCAGUCUCCAGGCAGCCCCGAAGUAGGUUGCUGAUAAGGUUUUCUGUGAUCACUCUGGUUUGAGGGAGGCAACUGGGAGCUGAUCAAGACUGCACUGCCCCAGGCAGGAGGCGAGUAUGUGUUGAAGAAAAAAAUCAAAUCACUCUGCUUAGUCAGAGGAGCAACAGACAAUGGAUCUCAAAAGCCAGAAGGUGAAGCUUAAUGAUGGCCACUUCAUUCCCGUCCUGGGAUUUGGAACCUAUGCACCUGAGGAGGUUCCUAAGAGUGAAGCUCUGGAGGCAACCAAAUUUGCUAUAGAGAUUGGGUUCCGCCAUAUUGACUCUGCUCGUAUGUACCAAAAUGAAGAGCAGGUUGGCCAAGCCAUUCGAAGCAAGAUUGCAGAUGGCGCUGUGAAGAGAGAAGACAUUUUCUAUACUUCAAAGCUUUGGUGCACUUUCCUUCAACCAGAUUUGGUCCGACCAGCCUUGGAAAAGUCACUGAAAGAUCUUCAACUGGAUUAUGUUGAUCUCUAUAUCAUUCAUUUCCCAGUGGCCAUGAAGCCAGGGGAGGAAUUGCUUCCAAAAGAUGAAAAUGGAAAAAUAAUAUUAGACUCAGUGGAUCUCUGUCGCACGUGGGAGGCCCUGGAGAAGUGUAAGGACGCAGGGCUGACCAAGUCCAUUGGGGUGUCCAACUUCAACCACAAGCAGCUGGAGAAGAUCCUGAACAAGCUGGGGCUCAAGUACAAGCCCGUCUGCAACCAGGUGGAAUGUCACCCUUAUCUCAACCAGAGUAAACUGUUGAAUUUCUGCAAGUCACACGAUAUUGUUCUUGUUGCCUAUAGUGCUCUGGGAUCCCAAAGAGUAAAAGGAUGGAUGAACCAGAACCACCCCGUUCUCUUGGAGGACCCAGUUCUUUGUGCCAUUGCCAAAAAGAACAAGCAGACCCCAGCUCUGGUUGCCCUUCGCUACCAGAUACAACGUGGGAUUGUGGUUCUGAUCAAGAGUUUCAACAAGAAGCGGAUCAAAGAGAACACACAGCAGGAGGUUGCAAGCCAUAAACUGCACGCUCAGAACAUUGCUCAUCUGGCCGGUAUAGACGCCCACGAGCUCGCUGGACGAGCCGUCCGCGGGGGUGCUGCAGUGUGCGCUUCUGAUGUCCCAGACGCGCACAGAGUUGUCCAUGGACGCGGACGCGAUCAGGCUGCUGUCCGGACUGAAGGUCAGGCUGGUGAUGUUGUCCGUGUGGCCCCGCAGCUCUUUGUAGAGGGUCCCGGACGCCAGGUCCCACAGCUUCAGCCGCUGGUCCUCGCCCGCGGACGCCAGGUGUUUGACUUUGAACUGAGUCCAGAAGACAUGAAAGCAAUUGAUGGCAUCAACAGAAAUACAAGAUACAACGAGAUACUAUUUGGUGUUGGUCACCCUGAUUAUCCAUUCUCUGAAGAAUAUUGACUCUCAGCUCUCACCGUGAUUCUUUGAGAAUGUCUUGCUUCUAGGGUAGUGAAGAAGAUUUUUGUUGUUGGUGGAGGUGCUUAAAUGAAGUGUCUGAA